AUGCAUUUACGAAUUGUGUUAUUAACAAUAACGGCUAUAAUAGCUUGUUUUGUUUCGGUUGCUGGCGUUGAGCUUACAUUUGAAUUAGGCGAUAACGAUAAACAAUGUUUUUAUGAAAAUAUUCCAAUGAAUAUUUCUGUUACCUUAGAAUUUCAGGUCGUUACUGGAGGACAAUAUGAUGUUGACGUUAUUUUAGAGGCUCCAAAUAAAGAAAUAAUUUAUAAGCAAAUAAAAACUCAAUUCGAUUCUCACGUAUUCACACCCAAAAUUCCAGGCAUAUAUGCUGCUUGUUUUAGUAAUGAAUUUUCAACAUUUUCACAUAAGAUAGUUUACAUGAAUUUUCAAGUAGGAGAAGAGCAGCCAUUACCUGGAUUAGGGGAACACAUAACAGUUAUGACACAGAUGGAAUCAUCAGCACAAGAAAUACACAAACUCUUGGCCAAAAUAGAUGAUUUUCAAACUCAUCAUAGGUUAAAAGAAGCUAAAGGAAGGAAAAGAGCAGAAGACCUUAACGAAAGAGUCAUGUGGUGGAGUAUAUUAGAAACAAUUCUUAUACUAGUCAGUGCAAUCGGUCAAGUGUUUAUCGUUAAAAACUUUUUUUCCGAAAAAAAAACAAUUCAAGUUUAUGGUAAAAAAUAA